GCAGCAGAGUUUCACAAUGUUUUACAUCCUGAGUCAUAUAAAAGAUGCAGAACAAGAAGUUCCUGUAAGGAGUGCUGCUCCCAGAGACCUGUCAGGAAUUUGGCUUGAUUUGAAGACACAACAUGAGCUUCUUUGAUAUGGAAAAAAUACAUUUUGUAUUUUUAUUGAUGGCAGGUUUGCUGAGUCUACCACUGCUUACAGAAUGCCUGAAAAUCCAACUGGUUGGGUCUUCACGUUGCUCAGGCAGAGUGGAGAUCUUCCAUGAAAACAGUUGGGGAACCGUGUGUGAUGACCACUGGAGCCUCUCCAACGCUGAAGUUGUGUGCCGAGAGUUGAACUGUGGAACGGCUUUGGAGGCCAAAAGUAAUGCUUUUGGGAGGGGCAUAGGGGUGAUCUGGCUGGAUGAUGUGCAAUGUACUGGCAUAGAGCCCUCCAUCGUUGAGUGCCAACACAGUGGUAUUGGGAUACAUAACUGUGACCAUUCAGAAGAUGCUGGAGUCGUCUGUUCAGACCACGUGCGUGUCGUGAAUGGAAGCAAUCGCUGUAACGGCAGAGUGGAGGUCUUCCACGAAGGCCAGUGGAAACGAGUGUGCAGCAGUGACUGGGGAAAGAACACAGCCGAAGUUCUGUGCCGUGAGAUCAGGUGUGGCUCUCCUGUUGUUGAGUCUGCAGCACAAUAUUUUGGAGAGGGUCAAAGCCUGUCAGGACUCAAAACCAGCUGCGUUGGAAAUGAGACCUCCAUCUCAGAAUGCCAGCUUUCAGAUUUCAGAGAGAGUUGUGUUGAUGCCACCAUUGUCUGCAAGUACAACAAGGCCAUACGGUUGGUAAAUGGGACUAAUCGUUGUUCUGGUCGAGUAGAAGUCCUCAAUAAUGGACAGUGGGAAACCAUUUGUGAUGACAGAUGGGGGAUUCAAGAAGCAGAAGUAGCAUGCAGAGAGAUGAACUGUGGAAGUCCUGUUGCAGUUAAGAACAGGACCUUCUAUGGAAGAGGCCCCCAGCAGGUUUGGAUGGAUGAUAUUGAGUGCACUGGCCACGAGAAUUCAAUUACUGACUGCCCACAUGGCUUUGGACAACACGACUGUAACCACAGUCAAAAUGCGGGCGUUAUGUGCUCAGAAACGGUGAGACUGAUCAAUGGGACUGACAGAUGCUCUGGCAAGUUGGAGGUCUUCCACAAUGGUCGUUGGGGCAAAAUUUGUAAUGAUAAUUGGAGCCUCAGAGAGGCCGCAAUUGUCUGUAAAGAACUGAAUUGUGGCUCUCCAAAGAAAACCCAAGAUUCUGUCGGCUUUGGUGACAGCACAUUGACAGGCUUCAGGAAUCGGUGCUCUGGUAACGUGAGCUCAAUUAGCCAGUGUACGCUUGAGGAACAUGUGGGGAGAUGUGAUGGCGCUUACGUUUCAUGUGCAGGUAAUCCUCCCAUUAGACUUGUCAAUGGCACAGACCGCUGUUCUGGCAGAGUGGAGAUUCUGCAUAAUGAUCAGUGGGGAACAGUGUGUGAUGAUGCUUGGGAUAUCAAAGAUGCUCAGGUUGUGUGCCGAGCCAUGAACUGUGGAACUGCUAAGGCAGCCAGAUCUUCAGCAUUUUUUGGUCCAGGCCAAGGAGAAAUCUGGCUAGAUGAUGUUGCAUGCACUGGCAAUGAGACGUCUCUUUUGCACUGCCCCCGACCCCCCUUUGGACAAAAUAACUGUGGACACGGAGAAGAUGCGGGAGUGAUUUGCGCAGCUUUCAUCAGACUGAUCAACGGCUCUGACCAGUGUUCAGGCAGAGUUGAAAUCUAUCACAAUGAUCACUGGUCACCUGCAUUCAAAUCCAACUUUGGACAGAAUGAAGCUGCAGUGGUGUGCAGGGAGAUGGACUGUGGAGAUCCUGUCAGGUUCUCUGGGUUACUUGGACAACGUGAAGAUGUCAGAGGAUUGCAGAUGAGUUGCAGAGGAAGCGAGAGCUCUGUCACAGAGUGCACGAUCAGAGAGCAUCCCAGAACCAACAAUGAUCAAGAAGUGUCUGUUGAAUGUUCUGGAGCGUCCAACAGAGAGUGUGAGGGACCACAGAUCAGCCCCCCCAAAGAUGCACAGGAGAUGGGGGGGAGCUCCAAGUCCCAGAGAUCCAGGCGCUGCCCCAGAACACAGGAACCCCAAGGAGACUGCAACCAGAAAGGCCCCCGCCCCCCUCGAGAGGCACAGGGGAUCGCCCCGGGGGGCCACAACCAGCAGCCAGCAGAGUCCCAGGAGACAUCAGCGGCAAGCCCACAGGCCCGCCCGCAGCCUCCCACCGGCAAGAAGGGCAAAGAUAUUUCCUGCAGCGCCGGUCUGGAAGGCGCACUGGUGUGCAUGAUCGGUCAGCCGCGUCAGCAGCUGGUCAUGCUUAGAAGCGGCAACUGCUCACGGGCCAGCGAGGUUCUUUCGACUUUAAGAGGAAAGUUACAGAUUGGCUACUCCGAUAACCUCUCUAGAACGCUUGGAACUGAAGUUAAGAUGACCCUGCUGUACCUCCUGAGCUACUGCUGUCCUUAUCUGUGGGUAGUAGAGGACAAUAUUGCCCGUGCCUUUCCCGUUGAUCGCCAGAACCUUACGAGCAAACAUAAUAACAAAAGAACAAGACCUCAGACAGAAGAACCAACACAUACAAAGCCUUUUAAGAACCUGCAGAUACCCAACAUGGGAAUUUUGAGGCUAGCUGAUGGGCCCCAUCGUUGUGCUGGAAGAGUUGAGUUUUACAGCGAAGGUCUUUGGAGGACAGUGUGCGGUAAAUCAGGGGACAUCAAUGAAGCGAUGGUGGUUUGCAGACAGCUGAAUUGUGGUGGGGCUCAUAAAAUCACAACAAUGUCUGAGUAUGGCCGUGGCUCUGGAGAGCCCUGGAUCAUGCAAAUUCAAUGCAGUGGCAGGGAAUCUGUCAUAUCUCAGUGCCCACUGAGACCGUAUAUAGACAGAAGCUGCAACUCAACCUCUGUCGCUGGAGUCGUUUGCACUGGGAGCUUGGAAGUUCGAUUGUCCAACGGCAAGGAUGAGUGUUCCGGUAGAGUGGAAGUCCGUCAGGGUGAAACUUGGAAAACAGUUUGUGAUGCAGACUGGACCCAAAGUAAAGCCGAGGUGGUUUGUGAGUUGCUGGAGUGUGGCAAAGCUUUGAAUGCUCCAGGAGGUGCCCAUUUUGGUGAAGGCAACGGGUCUGUGGUGGAGGCGAGUAAUUCCUGCUUCGGCAACGCGACUUCUCUUCAGCAGUGUUCAGUCAAAGGUUUCAGGGCAUCACAGUGUGGGCACGAACGUGAUGCUGGAGUUGACUGUGCAGCACAGCUGCGGUUGGUUGGCGGUUCGGGUCAAUGUUCUGGAAGAGUGGAGGUCCACUAUAAAAGCCAGUGGGGUACCGUGUGUGAUGACAACUGGGAAAUGAGCGAUGCUGAUGUUGUUUGUAGACAGACCGGUUGUGGUCAUGCAGUCUUUGCUCCAGGGAAUGCUCAUUUUGGAAGAGGCUCUGGUCCAAUAUGGCUAGAUAAUGUGGAGUGUACAGGCCAAGAAUCUGCUCUCACACACUGUACACAUCCUGGUUUUGGAGAAAAUAACUGCGGUCACGGUGAAGAUGCCAGCGUCAUCUGUUCAGGUGAUCUACAGAAGCCCCAAAUUACUUUAAGUCCAUCACCAGUGGUAAACUGGGGGGAGAAAGUGGAAAUCACCUGCAGUCGGUCAACCAACUCAACUCAACUCUAUUCAACAUUGAGCGGGACAUUCGUGUUGAAAAACAGGCAAGGCUCAAUGAAUAUGAAGAAGUUCUCCACUCAAACAGAUGCGACCUUCAUCUUCCCUAAAGCGGACUUCAGCCUUAAUGGGUCGUACUUCUGUGAAUAUCAGACGGAAGGACCUGAACGAGGAAUCAUCUAUUAUCCUCAAGGAAAUACUGCUGAUCUUUCAGUCAUCGUGAAGUUGGAGAAGCCCAGCAUCUCCCUGACAUCCGCUCACUCAAUGGUGAUCUACAGUCCUGUGAAGAUAUCGGUACCCAGAGGAAGUGCAUUCUCCAUCACUUGCUCUACUCAUUCCACAUUCCCAGAUGGUGUCUUCUAUCUAAUAAAGUCCAAGACGAACAUUACCAAAUCACCUCAAGCAUUCGGCCACUCCCUCUUCUACAUGGCGUACUUUGAAUUUCCAGAAGUAGACGUUGAAGACUCAGGAGAGUACGCUUGUGUGUACGGGAUUAACAUUUCCUCAGCAUCCUUCAAAUCUCUUCCCUCAAAGUCACUCCAGGUCACGGUCAUUGCAACAUCAUCCUCUUCGGUCGUAGCGGGUGUUGUGAGUUUUUUAGUGAUUGUGCUUGUUGUGUUGGUUAUCGGCUACUGGGUCUGGAGAAAGAAAUGGAGAGUUGCAGGGACCUUGGUUCAGUUUAGCAGCAAGUUUCAAGAAAGAACAAAAGACAACGACGACCAAAGCAAUGGGGCAGUUGAUGAAAGGGAACGCACAAACCAGAUUUAUGAACAUCAACAACUCUGCAGCCCAGUGAUCACCAACAACGAAGUUCAAUCUGAAGACCUGGCAGGACAAGUGUGUCAUGAGCUGGAACCUUUAGUUGAUCCAGAGCACAGACAGCGAUACAGCGCUGCGUUGGUGCCCAGCGCUCCAGACAGCUGCUUCCAGCGCACGGACAAACAACAGUCCGGACCCGUUCCCCGACCCGAAGGACGCAUCGCUGAGCGCUUCUCGAUUUGGCUGUGUACAAUGAGGCCAGUUUUCUCAGAAAGGUGUUCCUGCUUUGGGUAUGAAGCGGAGUUUACCAAGGGGCUGUCUGAGCGAAGGAUACUGCGUCCCUUGGUAAUCGCGCUGAGCAGAUGUGAUGAUUUUCCGCUGCUUUUCCGCGGCUCGGCGUCCGCACGCUUCAGCCGCCAGGCCUCGUGCACACGCUGUUUGCUGAGUCUACCACUGCAUACAGAAUGCCAGAAAAUCCGGCUAGUUGGAUCUUCACGUUGCUCAGGUAGAGUGGAGAUCUUCCAUGAAAACAGUUGGGGAACCGUGUGUGAUGACCACUGGAGCCUCUCCAACGCUGACGUUGUGUGCCGAGAGUUGAACUGUGGAAUGGCUUUGGAGGCCAAAAGGAAUGCUUUUUUUGGAGAGGGCAAAGAGGAGAUCUGGCUGGAUGAUGUGCAAUGUACUGGCAUAGAGCCCUCCAUCGUUAAGUGCCAACACAGUGCUAUUGGGAUACAUAACUGCGCCCAUUCCGAAGAUGCUGGAGUCAUCUGUUCAGACCACGUGCGUGUCGUGAAUGGAAGCAAUCGCUGUAACGGCAGAGUGGAGGUCUUCCACGAAGGCCAGUGGAAACGAGUGUGCAGCAGUGACUGGGGAAAGAACACAGCCGAAGUUCUGUGCCGUGAGAUCAGGUGUGGCUCUCCUGUUGUUGAGUCUGCAGCACAAUAUUUUGGAGAGGGUCAAAGCCUGUCAGGACUCAAAACUAGCUGUGCUGGAAAUGAGACCUCCAUCUCAGAAUGCCAGCUUUCAGAUUUCAGAGAGAGUUGUGUUGAUGCCACCAUUGUUUGCAAGAACAACAAGCCAAUACGGUUGGUAAAUGGGACUAAUCGUUGUUCUGGUCGAGUAGAAGUCCUCAAUGACGGACAGUGGGGAACCAUUUGUGAUGACAGAUGGGGGAUUCAAGAAGCAGAAGUAGCAUGCAGAGAGAUGAACUGUGGAAGUCCUGUUGCAGUUAAGAACAGGGCCUUCUAUGGAAGAGGCCCCCAGCAGGUUUGGAUGGAUGAUAUUGAGUGCACUGGCCACGAGAAUUCAAUUACUGACUGCCCACAUCGAGGCUUUGGACAACACGACUGUGACCACAGUGAAGAUGCAGGCGUUAUGUGCUCAGAAACUGUGAGACUGAUCAAUGGGACUGACAGAUGCUCUGGCAAGUUGGAGGUCUUCCACAGUGGUCGUUGGGGCAAGAUUUGUAAUGAUAAUUGGAGCCUCAGAGAGGCCGCAAUUGUCUGUAAAGAACUGAAUUGUGGCUCUCCAAAGAAAACCCAAGAUUCUGUCGGCUUUGGUGACAGCACAUUGACAGGCUUCAGGAAUCGGUGCUCUGGUAACGUGAGCUCAAUUAGCCAGUGUACGCUUGAGGAACAUGUGGGGAGAUGUGAUGGCGCUUAUGUUUCAUGUGCAGGUAAUCCUCCCAUUAGACUUGUCAAUGGCACAGACCGCUGUUCUGGCAGAGUGGAGAUUCUGCAUAAUGAUCAGUGGGGAACAGUGUGUGAUGAUGCUUGGGAUAUCAAAGAUGCUCAGGUGGUGUGCAGAGCCAUGAACUGUGGAACUGCUAAGGCAGCCAAAUCUUCAGCAUUUUUUGGUCCAGGCCAAGGAGAAAUCUGGCUAGAUGAUGUUGCAUGCACUGGCAAUGAGACGUCUCUUUUGCACUGCCCCCGACCCCCCUUUGGAGAAAAUAACUGUGGACACGGAGAAGAUGCGGGAGUGAUUUGCGCAGCUUUCAUCAGACUGAUCAACGGCUCUGACCAGUGUUCAGGCAGAGUUGAAAUCUAUCACAGUGAUCACUGGUCACCUGCAUUCAAAUCCAACUUUGGACAGAAUGAAGCUGCAGUGGUGUGCAGGGAGAUGGACUGUGGAGAUCCUGUCAGGUUCUCUGGGUUACUUGGACAACGUGAAGAUGUCAGAGGAUUGCAGAUGAGUUGCAGAGGAAGAGAGAGCUCUGUCACAGAGUGCACGAUCAGAGAGCAUCCCAGAACCAACAAUGAUCAAGAAGUGUCUGUUGAAUGUUCUGGAAAUGUGAAGCUAGCUGAUGGGCCUAAUCGUUGUGCUGGAAGAGUUGAGUUGUACAGCAAAGGUCUUUGGAGGACAGUGUGUGGUGAAUCGUCGGACAUCAAUGAUGCGAUGGUGGUGUGCAGACAGCUGAACUGUGGUGGGGCUCAUAAAAUUACAACAAUGUCUGAGUAUGGUCGUGGCUCUGGAGAGCCCUGGAUCGAGCAAAUUGAAUGCAAUGGCAGGGAAUCUAUCAUAUCUCAGUGCCCACAGAGACCGUUCAUAAACCGAGCCUGCAACACAACCUCUGUCGCUGGAGUCAUUUGCACAGGGAGCUUGGAAGUUCGAUUGUCCAACGGCAAGGAUGAGUGUUCCGGUAGAGUGGAAGUCCGUCAGGGUGAAACUUGGAAAACAGUUUGUGAUGCAGACUGGACCCAAAGUAAAGCCGAGGUGGUUUGUGAGUUGCUGGAGUGUGGCAAAGCUUUGAAUGCUCCAGGAGGUGCCCAUUUUGGUCAAGGCAACGGGUCUGUGGUGGAGGCGAGUAAUUCGUGCUUCAGCAACGCGACUUCUCUUCAGCAGUGUUCAGUCAAAGGUUUCAGGGCAUCACAGUGUGGGCACGAACGUGAUGCUGGAGUUGACUGUGCAGCACAGCUGCGGUUGGUUGGCGGUUCGGGUCAAUGUUCUGGAAGAGUGGAGGUCUACUAUAAAAGCCAGUGGGGUACCGUGUGUGAUGACGACUGGGAAAUGAGCGAUGCUGAUGUUGUUUGUAGACAGAUCGGUUGUGGUCAUGCAGUCUUUGCUCCAGGGAAUGCUCAUUUUGGAAGAGGCUCUGGUCCAAUAUGGUUAGAUAAUGUGGAGUGUACAGGCCAAGAAUCUGCUCUCACACACUGUACACAUCGUGGUUUUGGAGAAAAUAACUGCGGUCACGGUGAAGAUGCCAGCGUCAUCUGUUUAGGUGAUCUACAGAAGCCCCAAAUUACUUUAAGUCCAUCAUCAGUGGUAAACUGGGGGGAGAAAGUGGAAAUCACCUGCACUGUAUCAACCGAACACUUGGGUGGGACAUUCGUGUUGAAAAACAGCCAAGGCUCAAUAAAAAUGGAGAAAUUCUCCGAUCAUGAAGCUGCAAACUUCAUCUUCCCUAAAGCGGACUUCAGCCUUAAUGGGUCGUACUUCUGUGAAUAUCAGAAGAAACUACCUGAACAAGGAAUCAUCUAUUAUCCUCAAGGAAAUACUGCUGAUCUUUCAGUCAUUGUGAAGUUGGAAAAGCCCAGCAUCUCCCUGACAUCCGCUCACUCAAUGGUGAUCUACAGUCCUGUGAAGAUAUCGGUACCCAGAGGAAGUGCAUUCUCCAUCACUUGCUCUACUCAUUCCACAUUCCCAGAUGGUGUCUUCUAUCUAAUAAAGUCCAAGACGAACAUUACCAAAUCACCUCAAACAUUCGGCCACUCCAUCUUCUACAUGGCAUACUUUGAAUUUCCAGAAAUAGACGUUGAAGACUCAGGAGAGUACGCUUGUGUGUACGGGAUUAACAUUUCCUCAGCAUCCUUCAAAUCUCUUCCCUCAAAGUCACUCCAGGUCACGGUCAUUGCAACAUCAUCCUCUUCGGUCGUAGCGGGUGUUGUGAGUUUUUUAGUGAUUGUGCUUGUUGUGUUGGUUAUCGGCUACUGGGUCUGGAGAAAGAAAUGGAGAGUUGCAGGGACCAUGGUUCAGUUUAGCAGCAAGUUUCAAGAACGAAUAAAAGACACAGAGGACCAAAGCAAUGGGGUGGUUGAUGAAAGGGAACGCACAAACCAGAUUUAUGAACGUCGACAACACAGCAGUCCAGUAACCACCAACAGCGGAGUUGAGUCUGAGGGCGUUGUUGAGAGAGUCCCUGAAGACCUGGCAGGACGAGUGUGUUACGAGCUGGAACCUUUGGUUGAUCCGUGAUGAUGACAAGACUGAAGCAGCCGUUUACUCCUUUUAUUAGAGGCUUCGUUUGAUUUACAGCACUACAUCAGGAUGAAAGGCAGCAUUUGAGGGUGGGAUUUGUGACAAGACACUGACACAAGUUGGUGCAGACCUCUGCAAAAAUAGGAAAGUAAGGGUGGUAAAAAGAAAAUAGCAACAAAAAUAUUAUUAAAAAAUUGUAUUUAGAUUGGUGUUUAAUCAUACAGAAUCAUUUGAAAACCAGUCUUGCUUUUGUGUCUUCUAUAUGGUUUAAGAUGAUUAUUUAUGAGACUAAUUAAAAUCUUUGCAGAAGUUAAAAUCUAGUUUUUCAUGUCAAUUUUUUAAAUGAUGCCAUUUAAAUCAUCCUAUUUUUAACUAUUGUUCUCAUCACUAUCUAAUCUUUCUUAUGUCCAGCCCUCAAGUUUAAGAAUCUGUAAAAUGAAAUUUGCCAUUUGCAUGAUAUUAAAGUUGUCUUUGUAUUAAACAGUAAUUUGCUGCUUCUUA